GCCGCCGCUGCCCGCCCCAUCAGGCGAGGGGCAGGACACACAGCCCCGAGCCCGUCCCGCCCCAGCCGGCCGGUGAGCUGUGCCGCUGCCGCACCGCCAUGAAGAUCAAGGACGCCAAGAAGCCGUCUUUCCCAUGGUUUGGCAUGGACAUUGGGGGAACUUUGGUGAAACUGGCAUAUUUUGAACCUAUUGAUAUCACUGCAGAGGAGGAGCAGGAGGAAGUUGAAAGCUUGAAGAGCAUCCGCAAAUACCUGACUUCCAAUGUAGCCUAUGGAUCUACCGGCAUUCGAGAUGUUCACCUUGAGCUGAAAGACUUAACAAUUUUUGCUCGAAGAGGAAAUUUGCACUUUAUUCGAUUCCCAACUCAAGAUUUGCCUACUUUUAUCCAAAUGGGAAGAAAUAAGAACUUUUCCACACUACACACGGUGCUGUGUGCCACCGGUGGUGGCGCUUACAAGUUUGAGGAAGACUUUCGCACAAUUGGAAACCUCCAGCUGCACAAACUGGAUGAGCUUGACUGCCUUGUGAAAGGCUUAUUGUAUAUAGAUUCUGUCAGCUUCAAUGGGCAGGCAGAGUGCUAUUAUUUUGAAAAUGCCUCAGAUCCUGAGAGAUGCCAAAAGAUGCCUUUUAACCUGGAUGAUCCAUACCCAUUGCUGGUUGUUAACAUUGGUUCAGGAGUCAGUAUUUUAUCAGUCCAUUCCAAAGACAACUAUAAAAGAGUAACUGGAACAAGUCUAGGUGGAGGGACCUUUCUUGGUCUAUGCAGUUUGUUGACAGGCUGUGAAAGCUUUGAAGAAGCUCUGGAAAUGGCCUCCAAAGGAGACAGCACACAUGCUGACAAACUUGUUCGAGAUAUUUAUGGAGGAGACUAUGAAAGAUUUGGCCUGCCAGGAUGGGCUGUAGCAUCCAGUUUUGGGAAUAUGAUCUACAAAGAGAAGAGAGAGUCUGUUAGCAAAGAAGAUCUUGCAAGAGCCAUACUGGUCACCAUCACCAAUAACAUUGGGUCUAUUGCCCGGAUGUGUGCAGUAAAUGAGAAAAUCAACAGAGUUGUAUUUGUUGGCAAUUUCUUACGUGUGAAUACUUUGUCAAUGAAGCUUCUUGCAUAUGCACUGGAUUACUGGUCAAAAGGCCAGCUGAAGGCCUUGUUCCUAGAACAUGAGGGAUACUUCGGAGCUGUGGGUGCUCUUCUUGGGCUGCCAAAUUUCAGUUGAGAUACCAGAUGUCACUACACUGAACUAUUUUCCACCUAACUGACACGUGUUUAUGGCAAUGGGAACUAAAUCUGGGGAGGGGGGAAUUAAGUAGCAGAUUUUCUGUAACUGCUUUUACAAAGUGAUUAGCUACUGAAUAUUGCUGUUAUGAGGAAGGGGGUUUCACUCUGUUGGGCAUUGAAAAGUGAAUUGUUUGAGGAUAUCGUUUAUGUUCUUUGGUACAUGUAGCCAGUAUUGAACUUUUAAUAUGCAAUACAUCCUCUGAAAACAAGCUUCCAGAAGAAGGAAUGCCAAACCUUAAAGUGCUCAGCAUGGAAAUGUGGCAAGUUUACUCCUGAGGCUUUAGGCCCAACAGUUGUGUAUAUAUUUUCAUUAGUUAUCCUAUAUUAUGAGCACAAUUUUCCACAUAUGUACUUGCAGACAAAAGCCUUUAAAAACAAAAAGGUACCAUCCACAGGAUGAGGAAAACAUAGACAACUGCUUCCCCCAGUAAGAAUAGUAACUAUUUUUGUGUGUAAUGGAAAUAAUGAAAAUUCCCGUUUUCAGUGGGAAGAAUGGAAACACAAAAAAUCAGCCAAAGCAGCAGAUUAGGCAGUUGAUGUUGUGAAGGUUUUGUGAAGGUACUCACUUGCCCUCUUCAUUUCUUUGAAGAUACAGCUGGUGUUUUGGGAAGAUGCCCUCUAUCUGUGGUGUAAUUUAGUCAAGAGUUUAAUGAUUAGAAAAGGCAGGUUUUGGGGUUGGGUUUUGAGUUUGGUUUUGUGGUUUUGGUGGGGUUUUUAUGAGGACGUGACUUCUAAAAUGCCUUCUGGUGGCGUUUUUGGGUGUCUCAUCAAUUCUGACAUCAUGCCUCAUUAUUUGUAAAGGUACCACAAAGCCUGAGAGAACUGGAGGAACCCAUAUAUAAUAGACUUCAUAUGGGACCUUCUCAUCCUGAUGCUUUGGCUCAUUUCUGUGGAGGUUUGGGAGAUUUCUGCCCCAUUUUACUAAUUUGAAAAUAUUGUUUCUCCUUAAUCUAACUUGAUACUAAAAAUGAAAGGGUUUUAGUUUGCUUUUGGAGCUGGAAGCUUGGUUUUGACGGUGGAGGACAGUGUCAGAGUUUGUAUUGCAGCACCAAACGGACCAAUAUUUAGUGCACUUGCAGUAUGGAACCAUUCAUCAAAUCGUGGCCUUGGGAUAAAAUCUGUUCUCUGGAACUGAUCUUUGGGGGUUUCUCUAUACUUUUACAGUUGUGAUUAUUAUAAGUUUAGUCCUGAAGCCAGGGCGUGAGAUCUGACACUUCUAAGGAUAUUCUAUAGUCAUUAACUACAUGACUUUGUGGACUAAAGAGCUCCCCAAUUUUAUGGUAUCAUUUUAAUGUUGAAUGUUUCCUCUACGUGCAUGAGGAGCAGUCAUACUAGAACACAUUCUUACCUUGAGGUUUAAGGUAUUUUUAAAGCAGAUUGCUCCAGUAUUCCACAGUAUGGCUGUGUUGUAUUCACAGACACAUCUACUUAGUGUGCUAGAAACCUCUGUGUGCUGUUUUCAGUCUUCCUUUGCUUAAAACCCAAAGCCCCGUACUAACAUAAGUUUAUUAUUUUUAGUUCUCCUCUGUGGUGCUUAAAGAAUACAGUAACUUAGAGUAGCCAGCUCAUGAAAUCUAGUGCCAGUUGCAGAUGCAGUUCCAUUCAGCAUCGCUUUUCCUUGUACUCAUUCUACCUUUCCAUUGUGCUUGUUUUUAUGUUUCAUUUUAGACUUCUAAAAACCAAAUCACACUCACAGUUAAACUGGUCUAAAGCUGAAUCAGAGAACUUCAGACAAGAAGCUAAUACGGUUUUUAUAGAAGGUCUCUAUAACUGUCAUAUACUGAUCCUUUUAGUUCCUAUUGACUAUGGAAAGUAACCUGUAUUUGGUUAGAAACUGCAGUAAAACUUCAUUUCCUGGGUGUUUGACAGCUGCCUGAACACUUUGCAAACUGCCUGCAUAUUUUUUUUGCUCAGUAAGAUACUUUCAGACGCGACAGCUUGAUUAGAAACAGUUCCUUCAGCCCAUACUUAUCACUACUUCACUUCUCAUUUUGUGAUGCUGAAAGAGCUGCUCUUGAAGCAGUGGUUGAGCAUACUUGUAUAUUCAACCCGAAGCACAUGCAGAAGAUGGUAACAUAGUGACCAUGGUUAAUUUAAACCAUUUGAAGUUGAUGUGGCCUAAAAUAAAUUUUUAAAGUGAAUUGUAGAGUUAACAAAUCAACAGAAUAAGCCUUAAAUAGCUGUACUGUACAGAAACAGUGGAGACCUCAUGGCAGCCUUCCAGUAUCUGAAGGGGGCCUACAGGGAUGCUGGAGAGGGGCUC